AAUAUUUCUUUGCUUUUUUUUAUCUUAAUUCUCCUUAUACAUGAAGGUUUUGGUUCUGACAUCACAUUGUUUAAUGCCCUCCUGUGUCAGAUGUAUCUGGAAAGGUUCCAGGAAGCUUGUGCUUUCGACUUCAUUUCAAAGAGGCUUUGCCCCCCUCCAUUGACGUGUGUAACCCAAAGCCGGUCGAUUAUUAACCUCUCGACUGCACUGUGUGUAAACCUUCUUUAAUGACACUAUUAAUAUUGACUCUUGCUGCUUUAGGUAAACUUUGUGACAUGUGCUUUAAAGCACUUGAUGGCUCUAAGAACUUGCUGAUAAAAAGUAGACAUGUUUAGAUAAAGGAAUGAAAUUGAAGAUGUUUGUAUUAUGUUCGCUCGUACAGAAAGGUGACACGCUUUGCUUGAGGCUUUUGGAGAAGCAGGUGAAGAAGUUGCCUGCAGCUACUAUCACAUGAAAGAAUCGGUGUAUGACCUCCUGCCCAGAGAGCUGCAGUUAUAUACGUCGACCCUGCAAGGCUCCACAAUCAUGAGUCAGACAAGUGGCGGAGAAGCUGGGCCCCCCUCUUCGAGUGCUUUAGCAACAGAUGCCAUGUCCGCUUCUUUGACCAUGGAAGGCCGCCGCAGUGCUUUGUCCUCCAGCUCCAAAAAGCAAACCACUUCCUCCGACCAGACUUGCAGUUGCAGCAUUGACUCGGAAGACGUCAAGAGUUGCAGAAUGGUACCCGAGCCGGUGGUUACAGACGGAGUCAGCGGCAAUGAGGUCAGCUGCCAUUGUGCCAGUGAGCUCAGAGGACGGUCGUGCCAAGAGGGCCAUCUUCAGAUGACCCCGUCGAAGCGCCACCCAGUGUUGAACAUCUCUCCUCCACCUCAAGACCUGUUCGAUGACAGUCGCAUGUCCUACCAGGGGGAUACAACUCUGGAUUCCGAGCAGAGCAACAGCAUCUGGACAGACGACUCUCUGUCCAACUUCAGUAACAUGAGCGUUGUCUCGUACAACGACAACACAGAGGUGCCGAGAAAGUCACGAAAACGUACGCCCAGACAAAGACCAGGGCCAAAGUCUGGGCGGAAAGGGGAAGCAAGCAUGGAUGUGUUUGAUGCAGACAGUGCCAAAGCUCCGCACUUUGUCCUGUCACAACUGGGUCCAGAGAGCAAGACUGGACCAAAAGGAAGCUCUCAAGACGAUCUAAGGUCAGUUCGCAAAGGAGGAAUCCUUUCAAUGCAGUACCCACCGAAGUCCGAGGGGAAGGAGUUAAAGAUUGUGGUCCAGCCAGAGACUCAGCACCGAGCGCGCUAUCUGACCGAAGGUAGCAGAGGGUCAGUGAAGGACCGCACUCAGCAGGGCUUCCCCACUGUGAAGCUAGAGGGAGUGAAUGAGCCGGUGGUGCUGCAGGUGUUUGUCGGGAACGACGCUGGACGUGUGAAGCCCCAUGGGUUCUAUCAAGCUUGCAGGGUGACUGGACGCAACACCACCGCCUGUAGCGAGGUGGACUUUGAAGGCACCACUGUGAUUGAAGUGCCCAUGGAGCCCAGCACCAACAUGACUCUUGCGGUGGACUGUGUUGGGAUCUUAAAACUCCGCAACGCUGAUGUUGAGGCUCGCAUUGGUGUGGCCGGCUCCAAGAAGAAGAGCACCAGAGCCAGACUGGUGUUUCGGGUCAACAUCCCUCGUCCAGACGGAUCUGUGCUUACACUACAAACUCCAUCAUCCCCAAUCUUAUGUACUCAGCCGGCUGGCAUGCCAGAGAUUUUGAAGAAGUCCCUGCACAGCUGCUCGGUGAAAGGAGGAGAGGAACUGUUCAUCAUCGGCAAGAACUUUCUGAAAGACACCAAGGUUUUGUUUCAAGAGAAUGCUUCCGAUGAGUCAUCUUGGAAAGCUGAAGCAGAAAUCGACAUGGAAUAUUUUCAUCAGAAUCAUCUGAUCGUCAAGGUCCCUCAGUACCCGAAUCAGGCGCUCACUGCUCCUGUUUGUGUGGGGAUCUAUGUGGUCACGAAUGCUGGGAGGUCACAUGACGUCCAGCUGUUUACUUACACUCCAGAUUCAGUGAAGAUUGACACCACUGUGAAGACAGAGAUGCCGUCACCAGUCAAAACAUGUCCUUUUGAAGAACCCACUUUGAAUGAAGCCUUAAUGCCUUCAAUCUUGCCUGCAGUGAAGAGAGAAGAUGUGAUGCCGAUGGAAGUGACCAGCAACCUCCAGGCUCCUGGAGUCUUUAAGGCGGAUGAGCUGUUUCCCACACAGCCGAGCUCUGAUAUUGCUGCAGGGCACCUGAGUGCAUCCAAAACCUUCUCCAGCAGUGUCCCACAGCCCGCCGGCCUUCCUGACAAAGGACAGUCUCCGGGUUUCACCAACCCAGAACCCCUAAGUACAAUUCAAAAGCAAGACAUUUCUGCGGGCUCCUUCUCGGUGCCUGUGGACACCUUACUACCACCAGCUCGACAGCAGUUCCUCCUCGAGCGUUUAUCGCUUGAGGCUGAGAGCUCGAUGGCCAAGCAGCAACAGCAGCACCAACAACACAUUCAGCAUCAGCAGCAGCUUCAGCAGCAGCAGCAACAGCAACAGCAGCAGCAUGUGAUGGAGAACUUGCAGCAACAGCUGUUUCAAUCGCAGGUUCAAAUGCAAUGUGGCAUGUUUCAGGAUGCUGCUCUCACCAAAAGUACAGAGCAACAGAGUCCCUCACAAGGAGUGGUGCCAAACCAUGGCGCCAUUUUCCAGCAGGCCCAGCAAAACCAGCAGCAGCAGCAGCAGCAGCAGCAAGUGGCUCUCUUCCAACAGGCCAAUGAGAUUAUCUCGGCUCAAACAAACUUCCUGCAGCAGACCCCGACACAUCCCUCACCCCCAAUUUAUUCAAACUCCUUGGCUGAUGCACAGGCAGCACAGGGGGUGCUGUUUCAUAGCCCCUCUAACACUCAAGAGCAGGCCCAGACCAGUAUGUUCCCAAACCCCCUGGCGGUCCUCCAGUCGCCUGAGCAAAGGCCACCCACCCCGGGUCUCUUCUGCCCUCAGGCGACUCUGCCACCUAAGCUGGCGACCAGCAGUCCGACUCAGCAGCAGCAGCUGGAAUUCCUCAGUGCACUUCAACCUACAGCCCCAGAAUCCCAACCCGUGUUUCCAGCCCAAACGCUCUCCACUAUUCAGCAAAACCGACCCAUGGACCAGCAGCCGGCCGCCCGGCCUCAGACCCUCACGCAACCUGCGCUGCAGCCGUCUCUUUUCCAAAACAUCUCCCAGCAUUCGUCUGCAAAUACCAGCCCUCCGGGCCAGCAACAGCUACCAGGUGGUCUAUUGUUCUGUAACAGCACCUUGUCCAGUCCAGACCAGAACCCUGGCCUCCUCUUUAACAACCAGGGCCAGAUGCCUCCCCUGACCAGCAGCAGUCUAGUAGCCCAAGACCAGCAAAACCCUUCUUUGCUUUUUUCUCAAGCCAGCGUACUCACAGUGAACCAACAGAAUCGCGCUGAGCCCAUGGCUCUGGGGAACCCCGGCGAUCCACGACAGCAAGUGCUGUACCAGGAGCAGCAGCCCAUGCAACUAGGCACCAGCACCAACAUACAACAGGAGCAGCCAGUAGGGCUCUUUGUGUCCCAGCCCAUGGCUUCACUGCAGGCAGCACAGUCGGCCAUGUUUGCCUCACCCAACGGUGUUCGAAGUCUGCAGACCACAGCCGCCUCCCCGGUCCAGCAGCCGCGGACUCUGUUCCAGCCCACAGUCAGCGCGACUAUGAGCCAGCCCAGUCGGCCUCAGCAGUCCGACCUUUUUCUUUUUGGAAUGCAAAAUGAGUGCGGUCAGCUAAUAAACGCAGAGGGAAACACGCUGUCCGAUCAGAUCAUCGCCAUCAGCCAGUCCGGUCAGAACCAGAGAGAGACCGACGCACACAUCCAGUCUUUGAUGUGUCAGUCGCUGUCUCGUCCGGCACCAGGGCCGACAAGCUUGGGAAGCUCUCAGAACAUGGAGAAGAUUGAUGACCUCCUGGUCAGCCUGCAGGAGCCAGGCACCAAUAUAACUCGUUCAUACUGAACCCUCAUCCUUUUGUAGUGUUUUGCCCAAAUGCCGAAUACAGUGAGCUGUAGUGCAUGUCUUUUCUGUUCUAGAUUUAUUGGGAAGGAAAAAGACUGCCAGGUCUCAUCACAAUAUUUCACUGAACACCUGUUAUCCAUGCGAUUACUUGGUUCCGCAGCAGCAGUCGUCCAAAUCUUUAAACUUAAAACUACCUACAAAUUAAUCAGAUAUGAAAUUGAUCAGACAUUUUUGAUCAGUCAUGUUUAUUGUUGUUUUGUCGAGCCACUUUUCUGUGGCUUGAUGCAAAAGAUUGAUUUUGAGUAGCGACAGGAGGCUGUCUUGGUGAAGUUAAAUACUGUUGCCUGAGCGUUUUUAUGAUCUACAUACUCGUUUUUUCCAUUUCUGUAAUUGUGUGAUAGAUCGGUCAGUAUGAAUUUUAAAGUUGCAGUUAGGAAGUGCGUUGCUUCAUUUGCCUCUCAUGUCGUUGUAUACAUUUGUAUAUUACUCAUUCCAGUCUAAGCUACAGAAGUCGCAUGCAAACACACACACAGAGGCAACAUUUUAUAUUGUUUUUGAAAUUCAUUGUUUACAGGUUUAUUCAUGAGAUGUUUUGCUUUGAGAACAGACGCAAACAUCACAAAAAUGCUGAUUUGCCAAACUAUUUUCUCUGGACCAAAUCACUGAGAGGUCACUGCUCUGACAACAAGCACGAAACAAUGUGAUUGUCAUUCCAUUUCUUGCACCGUUUAAUGAGGAAUUGUAGGUUUUGCAUCAUGUUGGUGGCGUCACUGUGUAGCACGAUCUGGAAUAGUAUUCGCACAGCAGCUGAGAGGAGCCCUCUCCCUCUGUUUCUAAUUAAUGUGACUGAUGACGUGAAUGUCUGGGAGGAACUAAGCUGCGGUAACGGAGCCGUUCUUCCUUGUGUAGAUAGCUGGAAGUUUCACUAGCUGAGUGGCAGUUUUGGGACCGAAGUCUGAUCUCUUGUCUUUCCCCGACAGGUCAGUUUUAUGGCCUGUGCUUAUUUAGGAUGCAGCCGUUUGGUACUCUUUCUCUUGGCACGUGUAACCCAUUUGUAUCUUUUUGAAGGCGUGUACUUUCACAGUGUGUGAGCAAGGGGCUGGUCUCUCAAGUUUUUGAUGCCUCACAUGUAGAUUCAUGUAUAAUCGUCAACUACUUUUAAAUGAAGUGGUGAUUUAAGGAGGGGGAGAAGGGACAGAACCUUUGAAGGAAAAAGGAGGUGGUUAUUUCUAAAUCUGCAUUACUGUAGUAUUGAAUUGGUUGGUUGUUGCAAUUGGAGGAUGAUACCUUGAAACUUUAUAGAUGUGCUUGUUAGAUCUUCUUCACUUUUGGACCAAACUGCAACAACAGAAUAAUCCUGAAAAUGGGACCAACAAACAGCAGUGUUAAUAAUAGUGUUAUAACUAGCGAUGCAGUACUAAAUGUGAUUUUUUUUUUCUUUCUAUUUAUGGAGAUGGUUGCGAAUGUAUUGCAGCUGCUUUUUAUUAGUAGAUGACAACCUCUCUGUUUCCUGCAUUAGAAUGAGAUGUCUAUUAAUAUAUUCUGCCAAAUUCAUUUUUAAAUCGUGUUCCUUCUACACACUAGUUACACAGUGAAUCGUGAAUGUGCUUUUGUGGCCCCUUAAACACUCCCGAGUGAUUACAGGUUGUUGCAAGCCAUAAUUUAAAUAUCCUUACAACAAUAAGGUCUUCUGUUCAUAUUUUUGUACUGAAAUUUGUAUUACAUUUAUGUUAUACAACGUAGAUGUGGUAAGAUUUCCUCUGGAACUGCUAUGCAGCUAAUAUAAAUGUGGAUCUGUUAGUUUUGGAAUGUAUAUUUUUCUAUUUAGCAUCUUCCUUUUAAACAAUGUGGGGGAGCAAAAUGAAAAUUUCUUCUAUUAUUUAUCCGGUUUGAUUGUGUGAGUACCUUAAUUGUUGUCUUUGUCUUGAGCUGUUUCAAACUUUUAAGUGGACAUUGUCGCCGUCUUGACUGUUUACUGUAAAAGAGGUUUUCGGAUUUGUCCUGAAUCAUAACACUCUUCACUCCAAACUUUUUUUUUUUUUUUUUACAGACUCUUGGAUAGCCCAUUUCUGUUCCAGGAAACGUAUCUAGCAUGUGGCUUUGUAACCAUGUGAACAAUUCAUACAAAUAUCUGUUCAUUUUGGGGGGAUUUAGUUAGUUAAUAACUUGCAG